CACAUCAUGGCCAAGGCUAGGUUGGCUGGUCUUAGACCUCAACGGCGCAUUCGAUUGAUUCAUUAAUCAAUCAGUCAGCCAGCCAGCCAGUCAGCUAGUCAAUCAAUAUUCUUUGCUUUGAGCACAUCAUCAAUCAAGUCAGCAGCCAAAUCAGCAGCAAAGUGUCCAACGGCAAGCAGCAGCUUGAAAUCAAGCAAGCCCUACGAUUGCCUAAAUGAUUACCCAGCCACGAAACACAUUCCAACGAAGAGACAUGUCGAUCAUCAUCAAAAAUCAAGCCCAUUCAAAUAGUUACCAUUUCUCUUGCCAUUCUUAUCUUGACCUUUUUAAUUCCACUCCUGAGCAUUCAUUCUACCAGAGUUACUCGCAUCCCAAACAAAAAAUGAUUGGGUUCUCUCCUAAAAGCACUUACGCGCAAAGCCUAUCACCUGGAUCGUUACAAAUAAUAAUAACGGUGGUAUGCAUUCUGUCGAUUCUCCUUCCCCGCGGCCUCAUCAGACUGAGCUCCGGCGCAAUUAUCCUCAGCUUGUUCCUUUACACCAUCAACUUCACUACCGACCCAUCACGAGGGUCGUAUCUCGCAGGUGUGUCUUGCGCAGGAUUAACCCUACGUUGGAUUGAUCUGGUAGGGAUUCAUGUACCGGAAAGGGACUUCUGGGAAAAGGGUAGCAACAAAAAAGAUUCGCCAAAGACUUCCUUUGAGCGGUUGAAGUGGUUCAUCUACCUUUGGAAUAGUCAAAGGGGAGUGGGAUGGAAUAUUGAACCGGACUGUCUUCCGGCAGCUCACAGGCCACAUUGCACGCGAUCUAUGUUUGUCAAGGACAGUCUGCUCGCUGCUUUCAAGGCCUACCUUGGCUUUGACGUCACACAAGCUAUUCUGCAAACGUAUCAUGCAACAGAAAAAAACUUGUUCUUUGAGAUGUCACUUCCGAAACAAAUAUUUAUUGCUUGGGCGGCCGCAUUUAAACUUUUCUAUAGCAUCGCCCUCCUCUAUGCCAUCGGGAGUGGGUUAGCUGUUGUAGUGGGAGCUUAUCAGCCGGUAGAUUGGCCUCCAAUAUUCGGCUCUUUUAAGAAAGAUGCGUGGAGUAUCAGGAAGAUGUGGGGUUCUUGUUGGCAUCAAUUAAUGCGCCGGCCGUGUGCCGAGGGGGGUAAAGUCGUAAAAAGCUAUUGUGGGUUUCGGACUGGAAGCUUUACAAGUAGGUACUCUCAGAUCUGGGUCGGAUUUGCUGUAAGCGCCGCGAUACACCAUGCCGGAGCAAUCGUAAGCAUGUUGGAUAAUAGUCGGUGGCAAGUGUUUUACUUUUGCAUCCAGCCAAUGGGUAUUAUGAUCUAAGAUGGGGUCAUGGGAAUCGCUCGACGUUGUGGUGUUCAAAAGACGGCAUGGACGAAAAUACUCG